AUGAGCUUCGGCGCUACUGAUCCUGUUGCUAUCAGCCAGAUGGCUAAGCACAUGCGUACAGUCUACCUCUCGGGUGGGUUAUCUGGCUUUAGCGAGAAUAAUUAUCCUGGCAUGGAUCAUGCAGACUACCCCUGGGAUACGGUACCCAAAGUCGUCGACAAGAUCUGCCGAGCCGAACUGUGGCAUGAUCAGAGACAGCAUCAAUACCGGAUGAGCCACUCACAGGAAGAACGAGGCGCGCUGGAGAAAUGGGACUACCUGAUGCCCAUCAUCGCAGAUGGUGACAUGGGGUUUGGUUCCUUGACAGCAACAAUGAAGUCCACCAAAGCUCUCGCUGAGUUCGGAUCCGCAGGCAUUCACAUCGACGAUUUGGCUAUCGGUCUGAAGAAGUUCACUAUCGGACAAGGGCGAACUGUAGUGCCUACAUCAGAAUACGUUGACCGAGUGAAAGCGGUCCGACUUCAAUUGGACAUCAUGCAGGCUGAGACAUUAAUAUUCGCGCGAUGCGACACAGAUCACGCAGAUUUCAUCACAUCGGUACUUGACCCACGCGACCACGAAUACGUGUUGGGGGCAACCAAUUUAGUUCGACCACUUCAAGAAGUCCUUGAAGAAGCUAUACAUUGCAGCAAAUCGGCGUUGGAGGCACGUGCGCAAUGGAUAUCCUGUGCCGGACUGAUGACUUUUGACGAGGCUGUGCAAUCGCAGUUCUCCCGCUGCGGCUUACUAGAAGAGGAUUUCAUCAAGUACAAGUCUCGCAUCGGCUACGGAAGCUCUCUUACAGCACGCCGCCAGGCAGCUAUUGAGAUUGCAGGCAUUGAAAUCACUUUCGAUUGGGACAUUCCGCGCUCCCGCAACGGCCAGUACAUGUUUCGACCAACAGUCAGGUCGAUCGUCGAGCGCGCUGUACUGGUCGCACCUCUCAGCGACCUCUCCUGGACGCGCAUGGACAGUCCCAACUAUCAUGAUAUCAAGGAAUAUCACCAAUCAAUGCUUAAACACUUCCCAGACCGCAUGUUUGCAUUCGCAUGGGGUGGAGAAUGGCCAUUUCCAGAAUCAGCGGGCUGGACUACCGAACGUCGAAAGAACGCGUCAGCACAAAUGGCGCGUGAGUAUGGUGUGGUAUGGCAGGUGCAGCCCAUGUACAUGAUUCAGGGCGUUAACAUGGAGAUUGAGCGGUCGGCGGAGAUGUGGUGCAAGGAGGGGAUAGGGGGCCACUUUGACAAAAUCCAGACGCCUGCAGUUUCAAGGACGCCCUGGAAGGUAGAUGGGUAUGAAAAGAUGAGCUGGUGCGGUGGUUAUCUCAGCGAUGCAUUUUUCAGUGCAGUUGCUGGAGAGGAGAUCGUGUAG